AUGGCUAAACUUGACAAGUUUAUCUACGUUGCCAAGCUCUUUGAGCAGGUGGAGCGCUACGAUGAGAUGGUGGAUGCCAUGAAAAAUGUGGCUAAACUUAAUGUGGAAUUGACAGUUGAAGAGUGCAAUUUGCUAUCAGUUGGGUACAACAAAAACUUUCAAAGGUUUAUCCUCUUAACUCUAAGACAUGUUGAGAGAUUACAAUUACCUGCUUUAAUAGAGAGGAUAGCAUCAUGCUUUAAUUCAUUAAUUGUCUAUCAAUUGUCGUUGUUACUGAGAGACAAGCAGAAGGUGGAGUCUGCCUUCAUGUAA